AUGUCGCAAAAUAUCGAGGUGGAUGCCCAAUCGCGGCGUCCGAAGAAGCUCAUUUUUGCCCCCGGUGACAUUGGAGGUGCAUCCGACUCUCCAGAACCAUCCGUGCAGCCUCAAACCGCCGUGCCCUCCCACCUGAACCCCGCUGAAGCCUUCCGCUCCAACGCCUCAACACCCGACUCUACCACCGAAAAACAUCUCAUGUCGCACCCCGCGCGAGCCCACCAGUUCGUGACCAACCCGCCGCUUACAAUAUCCCAAAUACAUGGUACGAACCCGUUGCACCAAUUCAACACCUGGUUCCACGACUCUCGACUAGCGCCCAGCUCCUCGCCGGAGACUUGCACGCUCGCUACAGCCGAGCUCCCCUCUGGCCGCGUCAGUGCGCGUAUCCUCUAUCUCAAGGAAUUGGACGAGCGUGGCUGGGUGGUCUACAGCAAUUGGGGAAGUCGGGAAGGGAAAGGCCGACAGGUUUGGGGAGCGGGCGACAACACUGGUACGAUUGGAUCUAUACCAGCACCAGAGGACGUUGGCGCGCAAGGCAACAAAUGGGGUGCAUUGACAUUCCUUUGGGCGUCAGUCGAGCGCCAAGUCCGUAUCGAGGGUAUACUGGAGCCUCUUAGUCGCGAAGAGAGUGAACUAUACUGGCAAACCCGGGAACGCGGAAGUCAGAUCGGUGCUUGGGCCAGUUGGCAGAGUCAGGAGUUGUGGUCUGGUGAGCCAUUGCAUCUAGCUGAGAACCAGCGUCGCAAGAGUGUGGCGAAGUUGCAGGGUGAGGUCCCUGUUGAUAUCGACGAGACGGAUAUCGAUGACGGCCGCGCGCUGCUCGAGCAGCGGGUUAAGGAUAUGGAGCAGCGCUUUGUAGGAGUUGAGACGAUUCCUCUUCCGCCUUUCUGGGGUGGCGUGCGUCUCGUGCCGGAGUCGGUUGAGUUCUGGCAGGGUCGUAAGAGUCGAUUGCACGAUCGAUUCCGGUAUGUGCGGAUUGAGGGUUCAGGUGUUGGAGGUAAGGCUCAGUGGCGGGUGCAGAGACUUUCUCCUACCGUACAUAACAAUGGUUUCCCAACCCGCACAAAAGUCCACGACUUCCCCUUGGAUAGUCCUCGCUUUGGCGAGCGGCGCAUUCGCUGCGUUGAACGGGGUCUUCGCGAAGCUGGUAGCACAACGGACAACAACACAACAUCCUUCGCGCAGUCUAUCGCACACCUCUUCGGCCUGGACUCCUCGCCGUUCCUAGAGCUUCUCGUGCGCGGUGCUUGCCUAGGCCUGAACGUGGUGUGUAACAUCAUCAUGUGGGCACUCUUCACCCGCGCCCUGACGGCCGGCCCAUCGACGGUAAAGGUAUCCAUUACCAAUACCGCCUCGAACUUCCUAGCUACUGCAUUGCUGGGCAUGGUCGUAUUCCGCGAAGCUGUCAGUGGGCUUUGGUGGCUUGGAGCAGCCAUGAUGGGGGCAGGUUGUAUUUUAGUUGGGAUGCGCGAGGGGGCAUAG